GAGAAAGGGACUGUUUAAAAUAAUAUUUGAGUUUUCCGAGGUUGGGGUAAAACAAACAGCGGGAGGGGGCGGGGUUACCAAGAUGGCGGCGGUUGCCGUGGAAACGGGAGUCGGCGAAGCCUGAGGCCUAGGCCCCGUGUAUGGAGCCCGCGCUCUGUGUCAUCCUCCCGCGACCGGCGCUCCGUGAGACCGGGGACUGACAGCGGCCUGAGUGGAGAGCUCAGCUCGACGUACUGACUGCAUGAAGACCAGCUGAACCCUGGGCAGCAGCUCAGUCACCUGGAGACAGAAAGGUGUGCAUAAUAUCUGUGUAAUUUAAACAACGCCAGCUCCUGGUUCUACACCUUCCUGACAACCAAAUUACUUGAACGAGGUGACCUGUACUGGGAGCUUUGCUGCAAGUUCCUCAGAGGUGGAUUCUUGACUAGAGAUUAUUUUGAGGGGGGGGCGACUUACCCCACAAGCAACCAAGAAGGUUUGAGGCAAUUGGAAGACAGACCUGUGUGGAGCAACUUAACAAAUCACCACCAUAACUAUAAUUACUGGAGACCCUGAAUGAUCAGUCUUGGGGAACGAAUCACCUUUGACGUCAAAUAGUGCAGACCCCUUGCUUAUUAAUGAACUCGGUGCCACACUGUCCUGGGCUACACUUGAAUCCCUCCUCCCAGCUCUGACACUGCUGACUGGAAUCGAUUGUGUGGGGGAGAGGGGUAAGAGGGCAUGUUGGCAACACUCCAGUAAAAAGUCUUUUGGCACCCAGCCCCCACCCCUUCUCUAAACAGUACAGACUCCUCCGAGGGAGUGGGGGGGGGGGGGGGGGGGUGUGUGUGUGCGCUGUUAUGGGAUGUGAAUGAUGCCACAGUUUGAUAUCUGACAACAGCAGUUGUGUUUGUGGUAUCUCUGCGUUUGGCCACGGCUCGGCAUGGAAUACUUGAGUGAAUAAUCUGCAGACUUCCUUUUGUGUUUUCCCCUUACUUAAUAAACGCAAGGACACAAACCGAGGAGCCGUGGGCUGGGGUGGAGAUGGUGAAAUAUCAGCAGUGAGUUUGCCUCGAGUUUUCCUGGCACGAUCCAGUAUUAUCAUGGCAAGCAUCAUCCUGCCUCACCUCUGAGGGUAUGUGACAAGACAGCUGGACAGGAGACCUUCCUCGGCACUUGUUUCUGUUCCGGCGUUUGUUCCAAAGUAAAAGCUAAGUCGUCACCCUCCCCCCCCCCCCCCCCCGCUCCAUACACCUACCACUGCCCUGGGUGACCCACCCCCAGCUUGGGGCUGUGAACUGUCAUGGCAGAACACAGUGAGCUCCUGGCAGAGCUGCCACUGGUCGGGAAAAUGACCACGCAGGAACGGCUCAAACACGCUCACAAACGGCGUGCCCAGCAGCUGAAGAAGUGGGCGCAGUUCGAGAAGGACAUGCAAAGCAAAAAAGUGAAGCAUGUCAAAAGGAGGAGCGACAGGGGUCUGAAGAGGAUCCGGUUUCCUGACAAUGUCCGCCUGCUGGAGGCAGCUUCUCGGAAUGAUGUCGAGGAAGUUCGGCAGUUAUUGGAGAGUGGAAUGGCCCCAGACUUGUACAAUGAAGAUGGUUUAACUGCACUGCAUCAGUGCUGUAUCGAUGACUAUGAAGAAAUUGUCAAGCUGCUGCUUGAGGCGAAAGCUGAUGUGAAUGCGUGUGACAGUGAACUGUGGACCCCACUGCACGCAGCUGCCACCUGUGGACAUUUACACCUGGUGCAAGAACUCAUCCAACACGGUGCCAAUCUCAUGGCUGUCAACGCUGAUGGGAACAUGCCUUACGACUUGUGUGAGGACGAUGUCACUCUGGACUACAUUGAGAGUGCAAUGACCCAACAAGAUAUCACUCAGGAAAAAAUUGAUGAAUCCAGAAUGGCAACUGAGAGAUGGAUGAUUGAGGACGUACGGCAGCUAUUGGAGAGCGAGAGCGACCUGAAUAGCCAAAAUGAUGUGGGCACUUCUCUGCUCCACAUUGCUGCAGCCAAUGGAUACACAGACGUUGCUGACUUCCUGCUGGCUCACAAAGCCAAAGUGAACCUGAAGGACGCUGAUGGCUGGGAACCACUGCACGCCGCAGCCUGUUGGGGACAGAGGACUCAUUUUGCUGUGCCCGGUCUCUCUCUCCCUCUCCCUAACAGGAAGGUUGUCCGUAAAGUCAGUGUGACGGAGCGGAACAAUAUGUACCGGAAAGAACACAAAGAGGAGGCCAUUGUCUGGCAGCAGGUGGGCAGCAAGGAGAGUGACCCCGAGCUCCAGGACGAAGAGGAUGAGGAUGCUCAGACUGACUCUGAGCUAAAGCAGCACGGAUUGAGUGCCACUGCCCGAGUGAUGAAAGGUGAUGAGGGUCCGAGUGAGGCGAGGUGGGCCAGUGGUGAGCUGACUCUGAGGAAUGGCUCUGCCGUUCUGGCCACUGCUCUGGAACAGGACGCCAAGGGGCUGGCCAGCAGAGAGGAGCCACCGUCUGAUCUGAGCAGGGAGAAAGCUCACCACACUCUGGCUGACCUGAAGAGGCAGCGGGCAGCUGCUAAGCUCCACAAGCAGCUGGUUCCCGAGGAGCAGUCGGUGAGAGAAUCGGCUGAGAGUGUCGUGGCUCAGCCUCCGAACCAGAGCCCUACUGAACAGAACUCCAUCUACUUCACUGCAGCAAGCGGGGACCCUCCGCUGGUCAGAUUCAAAGCUCCCGUGGAGGAAGAAGCUCCAAGCGAGAAGUCUGGGCGAUGCUGUAAAAUGAUGUAAAGCUUCGAGAGUCUGCGGUGGGACAGAGGGCCCCAGCAGGACAGCCUGUGGGACGGACAAGGAUCGGAAUGUCCACACCUUGGGAGCCUGGCCUCUGAGCUCCAUCUGCUGCUUUAACCUGGACAUUUCUGCUCUACAAAUACUUUACUGUUUGGGCUGGAUGGGGGUGGGGGAAGGGGAAGAAAGGCUUUAUUUCUAUAAAAACACACCGUUCCCCCAUUCCCUGCUCAACACCAGCUGCUCUCGACUGCCAGAAACAUUAUGGAAUACCAGCAAAUGCAUCCAGGGAUCAGAGGUGUUUGUGCCUCUGGUACUCAGGAGCUUUUGGGAAGCAGGCAGCUCUCCAACUGCGCUACACCAACCAAGCAGCUGCUAGUGUGGCGGUCAGUUUCAUUGAUCUGCCUGCCUCUGGAGUACAGACCGCACAGCCCCUCCGUGCUGUUGCUGUGGUCAGUCUACCCCAGUCAGCACAUGUACCUGAGGCACUGUUCCCUCACUAGCUGGAGUUACCCAAUCCCCACGCUACAUUCCAGAAAGAGAUUUCACCAGCAGCAGGCUGGCCCUGUCGACUCAGAUGUGCUUUUACUGACGGUGCUCCAGCUGGUUAGCUAUCCAAAUACAAAGCUUUGUGUGUAUGUGUCUCAGCUUCGUCAAACAGACAGUCUCACGGAGUGGCUGUAGAUGGCCUGGUUAGAAAAUCUUCAACAGUUGCCCUUUUUAGGAGCACCUGGUUAUGCAGAGUACAGUCUCCAGGAGUUUGCCCCCUGUACAAAACCUGCACUGGGAGUGUAUGGUGUAGAGGGAGCUUUACUCUGUAUCUAACCCCAUGUUGUCCCUGUCCUGGGAGUGUUUGAUGGGGGACAGUG